AUGCAACAAGCUGUUGUUGACAGGAGUGGAAAUGGCACUUCUGAUACUACAGAUGUACCCGGCUCUUAUGUGGUACGAGGCAGAUCUGUUGCCGAUGAACGAUCUAACGGUAGAAUUACAGGAUGGAACCUUACACAAGUACGUGUAAGGCCAAUUCUGAAGAAGAAAGCAGUCUCCACUGAAGACAGAGGAGAGUUGCUAAUGAAGAAAUGGCAGGCACAACUAGAAGCUGCCAAUACUUUCAAGGACAAUGACAGCAUGGUCAGCAAUGGAAGCGUGAACAUGCAGAUCUACAAGUCGACCUCAAAGAUGUAUUCAUUGAAGCACUGUUCUCAAUGGACCAAAGAAAACAAGAAACCUUUCAAGUCCAAUAGAAGUAAACACUGGGAUAUCAAUCUUGGUGUGCAUCUUGAUUCUGGAUCUACGUUCAGCCUACGAAUGAACAAAGAUUACACCAAACCGGGCACUGUGUCUGACCUGGAUUACAUGUUCAAGUACGGUACAAACACUGGCCAAUGCAAUCUGCAUCAGCAGGUUGAAUCAAGUAUUAUUGAAGGACACACUUGGUUGCUUGAUACUGAAGCCCAAUGUAACCUUGAUAGUUUAUCCGAGCUUGUGAAGCUUGGAUUCCGUGUUGUUAUGGACACUGAUAUUGAAAACUCCUUCAUGGUUAUGAAGGGGGAACACUUUUGUACCCAAUGGUAG